AUGAGGACCAGUACACUCAGGUAUUGCGCACUUAUCGACCAUGUUCUGGACAAGAACAGUCCACUACUCACGGCGUCCCAAAUCGCAAAUCUGGAUCGUACGCAGUCAGAAUACGAAAACUUCGCUGAUGCCCAUAUCGAACAUUACGCGCAGCAGGAAUGUCGGGCAUUGUGUACCGCCAUGCAACAUAAGCUUCCCCGCGAGCUCCGGGACAUGAUAUACGACCACAUCCUGUCCCCUGCUCGAGAUGAACCGGUUAUCAUCAACAACGAAUACUUCGAAAUCGUCGACGAGCCAUACCGGGACAUUAUUGCGGGUUACGCCGAGGAACGCGGAUACGGAUACGCGCAUAUGUGUAGCGAGAAAUUUGUCGAUUUGGACACUAUGAGCGAGUUUGCACGUCGCUGGUAUUAUCAUACCAAAUUGUGGCUGUUCCUCACACCUACGGAGGUCGCUGAGUUCUUCGGGACUGAUAUCUGGGGUCUCGGUCUGGAAGGCGAUCGUCUGCUGCGCCAUGUCGAGGUCGAGUUGUGCGAACAAUUCGACGAAGACGACGCCACUCCACUCCGACAAUGCCUAUUCAAGCUCGCGCCUGGCGCAUCGAUCGUCUUCCACCUGCGAGUAGAUUACAUUUAUGGCCCAGGUGAGUACACGUAUGACGAGGAAUUCACCAUGUGCCUCCUCUCCGAACGCGUGAGCGCGCUAUUUCCUCUGAUGCUGCAGCUGAUCGAGGCUGGCUAUGAAUUGUAUGGGGCGCUGGAUGGGUAUGAAGACUUUCGCGUCACGCCUGCCACUCUGGACCGAGAAAUCUGGAAAGACACGCUGAUGGCGCAUUGCGAAGGCCGUGAUUGUGGGUAG